AUGGAUGCUGCUCCUGUCGUCGUCGCCGUCGUCGUCGGCGCUAUCCUCCUCCUCCUGCUAUGGCCGCGCCGCCAUCUCUUUGAUCUCAAGGACAGGGUCGUUGUCAUCACCGGCGCCGCCUCGGGCAUCGGGCGCGGCUUGGCCAUUGCCAUGGCGCAGAAGGGUGCGAUCGUGGCGUGCUUGGACAUGGACGCAGGUAGCCUCGCGACGUUCGCCCGCGAGCACCCGCGUCUAAGCCACACCUUUGUGUGCGACGUGUCCGACCACGCGCGCGUCGUCACCUGCUUAACUGAAGUCGUCGCCGCUCUCGGGCGCGACGUCGACGUACUCAUUAACAACGCUGGCAUCGUCCACGGCAAGCCGCUCCUCGACUUGACCCACGACCAAGUCCAGAACAUCUUUGGCGUCAACGCGCUUGCCCACUUUUGGACGUCGCAAGCCGUGCUGCCGGCAAUGCUCGCGCGGAACAAUGGCAUGAUUGUGACCAUGGCCUCGAUCAUGGGGCUCAAUGGCUCGGCGCGGCUCACUGACUAUUGCAGCUCCAAGUUCGCGUGCGUGGGGUUCCACGAAGCUCUGCGCAUGGAGCUCCAGCAUUUGGGUAAAACCGGCGUGCAUACGCUCCUCGUGUGUCCCAUGGCGGUCGACAGCGGCAUGUUCCGCGGCAUCUUUGCCUCGGACCACUGGUGGCCCCGCUUUGUGCACGCCUACUUGAUUCCGAUGAUCACGGUCGAUGACGUUGUCGCCACCGUCAUCGAGAGCAUCGAGUGCAAGGACUACGAGCUCCUCACGUGUGCGCGGUCGUGGCACCGCUGGGUCUUGCCGCUCGUCACGCGCGGUGUGCGGCUUUUGCCCGUCGCUCUCAUGGACGUUGCCCUGGGCCUCGGCGGCGGCCGCGAUGGCAUGAACAAUUUCCAAGGCCGGCACGGUGCGGCUGCCACGUAAUACAGCGAGGCUGACGUCCCAGU